AUGCUUCCACAGACGCAGAGAUUCCGGAAACUUGAGAUACAUUUGAUGACUCCUCAGGAGACGACUCUCCGACACGUCGUAGUGAUACGUGGGAGGCCGAGAGAUACUGUAUAUCUCUCGGUAGCGGGCCUCGGUGGUGUUCCUGACGCCCCCCACGCCGUCAUGUCAGAAGUGGCAGAGGGCAGCGGUGUGGGGAUCAUAAAAGAGCCCACUGUCAAUGCCAAAAGCUCAUAUUUUGGGCACCUAAGGGGUUUGGCAAAAGCUCAAGUUGCCUCGAACUUGUGCUUCAAGGUGGAAGUUGUUGAAGGUCUAGAGGUUACCUGGGAGACUAUGCUUGUUGACGGAAAACUCUUUGUGGAAAUUCCCUCAGGGAUACUGCCAGAAGGCUCUAAAGAAGGGCUGGUUACUUUGCUGGAAUUUGCUGAAGAAAAGCUUCAGUGCAAGAAUGUCAUUAUCUUUUUCCGAAGAGACCGAAACAACAGAAGUUCUCUCAUAAAGACUUUCAUGUUCUUGGGUUUUGAAGUAGUUUCUCCUGGUAACUCUUUGGUUCCCAACAUUGGGUGUGAUAGAAAUACCUCCUACAUCUCUCUCUCUCUCUCUCUCUCUCUCUCUCUCUCUCUCUCUCUUCUCUUUAUGCGCCGUAGUUCUUCUUUCAACUUCUUUUUCUUUUUUAAUUCCUUCCUUCCUUUGCGUCUUUCAUUCUCUUUCUUUCUUUAUUUUCACUCCCUUUCAACUGAUUUUUCUUUUUUUCUUUCCCCUUUUCCGCCCCCUUCUCUUUAUCUGAAUGUUUCUUUAUUCUCUGAUUCAUCUCUUUUCUCCAGUCCUCUUUCCCUUAUUACUAACUUCUUCGAUUCUUCGACAUUUGAUAAUACAACUCCUUCCUCUUUCACUUUCUGCCCUUCCUCUCUCUAUUCUACAUACCUCCUCUCUUUCUUUCUUGACCUCUUGUUACUCUUAGCAUCCGCUCUUCCUUCAAUUUCCUCUCUCUUAUUCUUCUUAUUAGCUUCUCGUGACUAUGUCUAUCACUCUCCUUUCACACUCACUCACUCACUCACUCACUCACUCACUCCCUCUCUCUCUCUCCCUCUCUCUCUCUCCCUCUCUCUCUCUAGGUCGCACUAUUCUCUUUCUUUAUUGGUCUCGCGAUGA